UCUGCAGACUCCAGCCCCAGCACUGCUCCCUGCAAGAUGAAGACCGACCUGGAGCUCGCCUUGGAGUGUGUCAUCAACAUCUACCACCAGUAUGCCAUCAGGAAGCCAAUUGAUGACUACCUGAGCAAGCCUGAGUUCUCACAGCUGCUGAAGGACACAGCUCAGCCCUUCCUGCACGACACCACCCCGCCCAACUUGACUGAGGAUGAGUACAUCCAGAAGCUCUUCAGCCAGGCUGACAGCAACCACGACGGACGCCUCAAGUUCACUGAGUUCCUGACCACCCUCAACCUUGCCCUGGUUGAUGCCCACAAAAGGUCCCACCAGGAUCCAGGCCAUGGCCAUGAGCAUGAGCAUGAGCAUGACCACGAGCAUGACCAUGACCACAGCCACGACCACAGCCACAGCCAUGGUCCUCGUGCCUGAAGCUGUUCCAGGGUGACUGCAACCCCAGGGCUGUGCUCUUCCAGCACCAUCAUCCCCCUCUGCCUGUCCUCAAGCCCAGGCAACCUCUAACCAAA